CCAUCAAUUCAAUUACACUUGAGAAAAGUGAUUUCCCCACUUAUCUUAAUUACCCAUACAAUGGCUCCAGCAGCUCCAAGUUCUUCCGAUUCAGACUCAUUGUUCAAUUUUGUCGUCCGAGACGGCAAUGGUGUAAAGGGCUUGGUGGACUCAGGCCUAACCAAGGUUCCACAACAAUAUGUGCAACCCCAACGAGAAAGAAUAGACAAGUCCAAUGCCACAUUAAAUGAUAACCCACCAAUCGACUUGUCCAAGCUUGAUGGUCCUCAUCAUGACCAAGUUGUGCAGGAGAUUGUUAAAGCCGCUGAGAAUUUAGGCUUCUUUCAGGUAGUGAACCAUGGCGUGCCCGUGGAGCUGCUGGAGUCUCUGAAAGACGCAGCCCACAAUUUCUUCGGCCAACCACCUGAAAAGAAGGCUACCUAUCGCAAAGGCCCAUUGGUGAAGUAUGGGACGAGUUUUUCUCCAGAGAAAGAGAAGACAUUAGAGUGGAAAGAUUAUGUUAACAUGAUCUACACUAACGAUACUGAAGCACUUGAAUUUUGGCCUAAGGAAUGCAAGGAAGUCGCUCUUAAGUAUCUAAGAACAUCAAUCAAGAUGGUGAGAAAACUACUUGAAGUUUUGAUGGGGAACCUUGGAGUGACACUAGAUGAUGCAAAAAUGGAUGCCUUAACUGGCUUGAAGACAGUUAACAUGAACUUCUACCCAGCAUGUCCAAAUCCUGAGCUCACUGUUGGCGUGGGUCGUCAUUCAGAUUUGGGUACAAUUACUGUGUUGUUGCAAGAUGGUAUUGGUGGACUAUAUGUAAAAGUGGAAGAAAACAUUAAUGGCCAGAAAAAGGGUGAGUGGAUGGAGAUCCCACCAAUCCCUGGUGCUUUGGUCAUCAAUAUUGGCGACACACUGCAGAUAGUGAGCAAUGGAAGGUAUAAAAGUGCUGAACACAGAGUUCGUACUACAAGCACUCAAUCAAGAGUGUCAGUUCCAUUUUUUACAAUUCCAAAACGAACAGAGAAAAUUGGACCAUUGCCUCAAGUGGUGGAGAGGGAUGGCGUGGCACGUUUCAGGGAGGUUGUGUUUGAAGAUUACUACAACAACUUUUUUGGCAAUGCUCAUGAAGGAAAGAAGUCUCUUGAUUUUGCACGGAUCUUUUAGCUAGCUAUUGUUCAUUUCCCAGCUUCACAAAAACAUCCUUGUUAUGUUUUAUUCUGUCUCCGCACGUCCAUAAUAAAGACAGAGACCUUGUCUCUUUUUGUAUACUGAUACAUGUCUAUAAUAAAGACAGAAGAUUACACAUCUUCAGAA